AUGGAUAUCACAGGUCGUUUAAAUUAAGAAGUUUAGAUUUAAGAAUUACUAGAAGGCUGCGAUGAGAAUUUAAUAAAAGGUCUUGUCAAAAAUAAAAUAGUUCAUCCCACUUUUUGUCAAGAAUAGUUGUUUAAUCUCAAUAAGGAGAGAGAUCACAUUGUCAUUAGAAGUGGUAUGGUUUCUGGUAAAACAACCGGUUUGCUCAUAGUCCUUCUCAAUGAUUUCAUAAAUAAAAUGAAGCAGUUUAAAUUCGUUGAAGGAAAUGAAACUGAAGAUGAAUCAGUUGGUUUAUUCUCAGUCCUCAUCACUGCUUCUAAAGACUUAGCUUAAAAGAAUCACAGUGUAGCUGAAAACAUAUGCGCCUUCAUCAAAAAGCCAUACAACAUGCAAGUUAUGAAUUUAAGCACAUUCUCUGAAGAAAAUUUCACAAUUAUACCUAAAACUCACUACUUGAUUGUUGCCACACCUUCUACUUUCUUGAAAUUUGCCAAGCAUACUAAAUUCGAUAAAAAGAAAUUCGUUAACUUUGCCUUUGAUGAUAUUGAUUAUAUGCUUUCUUUUGGCUACAAAGGCGAAUUAACCAACUUCUAAUUUUUCUAUGAAUCUGAAAUCAAGCAAGAAAACUUUAAGUGUUACUGGAGUGCAACAGAAGAAUUAAAUGAUGAUUUAAAGGAAUUAAAAAAGACUUUCUUGCAUAAAAGUGUUAUAAUUAAUGUAGAUGAUGAUUAUGAUGAAAUGGAUGAUUAAGAAAGAAAGAGCAAGCAAGCUCUUUAGUUUGAUCACGAUUAAAUUACUCAUUACUAUACAACAGGAGAUGAAACAACUCAAUAUAUAAUCUUAUACGUCUUAUUCAAGUUACGUUUCCUUUAAGGAAAAUCUUUAAUCCUCUGUAGCGACCUAGAAACUGUAUACAAGGUUCAUUUAUAUUUAGAAAGAAUUGGUUAAACAGAAAUGCAGUUAUAUAAUCAUGAAAAUCCCAAAAAUUUACGUUACUAUAUUGUAACACUUUUCAACACUGGUAUGAUUAAAACAUUGGUUUCCACCAAGUAGUUGUUCUAGGAUUUCAAGAAUAAAGACUUUUAUGAUAAAAAAAUAAAAACAAACAGACUUAAGGGUAUUAGAAAUAUUAUAAAUUUAGAUUUACUUGAUAUUGGAGAGGAAUAUAAUUAAUUCUUCAAGCUCUUCAACGGUUAGACAGGAAAUAUUUUCAACUUAGUCUUAAACGAAGAAAAGCAAAUUGAAAACUUGAUGAAUCGUAUUGAAUAUGAAAAAGAAAAUUUCAACAAAGUUAAUUUCAAAGAAUUUCCUCUUCGUCGUCAUGAAAUUGAAGCAUUUAGAUAUAGAGUCAACAACGUUUAUACUAGCUUAACCAAAAAAUAAAUAGCAAGUGCUAAAAUGCUUGAUUUUAAAAAGAAAAUGCUUAAAUCUCCUGAUAUGAAAGAAUAUUAUGCUAAAAAUAUUUCAGAAAAAGAAUUGUUGAUUGAAAGUAUAUAAAAGCUUACCAAGUAACUCAAAAAGCACGAAACAAGAUGUGAAGGCGAUGUACCCGAUUAUCUUUUACCUUAGUUCUUAAUAGAUUAAAAGAAAAGAGCAGAAGAACUUGAUCCAAAUGCAAACAAGAAGGUCAAGAAAAUUUUAGUUUACAAAGGUAGCAGCGGUUCUCAAUAAGCAGAUGAAGGCAAAAAGAAAAUGAGAGGUGAUAAAUACGUUUACAUUAAUGAAGAAAAAGAAAAUGAAAAUGAAACAGAUGCCUCCAGAUUAAAAAUUUUAUCAAGAAAGAAAUAAUGGAAGCUUCGUCAUGGUUUUAAAUUAAAAAGAGUUAAUAAACGUUUAGAGAAGAAAGGUAUUUUCUAAUCUUGA